AUGUCACAGCCAGGGAAACGUGGUGGACGUGGCGGUGCUGGGGGGAUUGGCCGCAAAACGCCAUCAACGGUUUCCGGUAGCGCUGCUAAUAAUACACCAGAUGACUCUGCUACGCCCAGUGAACGUGCCACACCUGCGAGUAAAGCAGACUCUGAUCCGAAGGAUGAUAGUUCUAGCAAUGGUGACAAAAAGGAAGCUGAAGGUUUUCCAGCACCUAAGCCACCAAGUGCUGGUGCUUCAAUACGUGAAAUUGCCAAUAAAGUUUUGGCACUUGCAAUGAAAAGUGAAUGGACACCUUUGGAAGCAGAAUUAAAAAAAUUAGAAAAAUAUGUUGCUAAUGCUGGUGAAGAUGGAAAUCACAUACCAUUGGCAGGUGUUCACGAUACGAACACUGGGAUGACUCCAUUGAUGUAUGCUACAAAAGAUAACAAAACUUCGAUAAUGGAUCGCAUGAUUGAGUUGGGUGCCGAUGUGGGAGCAAGAAACAACGAUAAUUACAAUGUGCUCCAUAUUGCCGCAAUGUACUCACGGGAAGAUGUGGUUAAGUUGCUGUUAAAUAAGCGUGGCGUGGAUCCAUUUUCCACUGGUGGUUCCCGAUCGCAGACGGCAGUGCAUUUAGUCUCUAGUCGACAAACUGGUACAGCGACAAAUAUUUUACGCGCAUUGCUCGCAGCCGCGGGAAAAGAUAUUCGUUUGAAAGUUGACGGUAGAGGGAAAAUACCAUUGCUGCUUGCUGUGGAGGCGGGAAAUCAGUCUAUGUGCAGAGAGUUGCUCGCAGCACAAACGGCGGAUCAACUCAAGGCUACUACAUCUAAUGGAGACACGUCCUUGCAUUUAGCGGCUAGAAGGCGCGAUGUUGACAUGGUGCGAAUCCUGGUCGAUUAUGGCACCAAUGUUGACACGCAGAAUGGCGAAGGUCAAACACCGCUGCAUAUAGCGGCUGCUGAGGGUGAUGAGGCUCUAUUGAAGUUCUUCUAUGGCGUUAGAGCAUCAGCCUCGAUCGCGGACAACCAAGACCGCACACCGAUGCAUUUGGCAGCAGAAAAUGGUCAUGCACAUGUUAUUGAGAUCCUGGCUGAUAAAUUUAAGGCGAGUAUAUUUGAACGCACCAAGGAUGGUAGCACGCUGAUGCACAUUGCUUCUCUGAACGGCCAUGCCGAAUGUGCUACAAUGCUUUUUAAGAAAGGUGUUUAUCUGCAUAUGCCAAAUAAGAAUGGAGCCCGUAGUAUACAUACUGCGGCAGCUUAUGGUCAUACGGGUAUUAUUAAUACGCUGCUACAGAAGGGUGAGAAAGUGGAUGUCACGACGAAUGAUAACUAUACAGCGUUGCACAUUGCUGUGGAAUCGGCGAAGCCUUCAGUUGUGGAGACACUAUUGGGUUUUGGUGCCGACGUUCAUGUCCGUGGCGGUGAUUUGCACGAGACACCGUUGCACAUUGCUGCACGAGUUAAGGAUGGCGAUCGUUGUGCCUUAAUGCUCCUUAAGUCCGGCGCUAGUCCCAAUUUAACUACCGAUGAUUGUCUGACGCCGGUACAUGUUGCCGCGCGUCACGGGAAUCUGGCAACGCUGAUGCAACUCCUCGAAGAUGGUGGUGAUCCCCUUUAUAAGUCCAAUACCGGCGAAACACCCCUACAUAUGGCCUGUCGCUCAUGUCAUCCAGAUAUUGUACGACAUUUAAUCGAGACUGUCAAAGAAAAACACGGUCCGGAUAAAGCGACGACUUACAUUAAUUCAGUCAAUGACGAUGGAGCCACAGCGCUACACUACACUUGCCAAAUUACUAAGGAGGAAGUUAAAAUUCCAGAGUCCGAUAAAGAAAUUGUACGCAUGUUACUGGAAAAUGGUGCAGAUGUCACACUUCAAACUAAAGUUGCAUUGGAGACUGCAUUUCAUUACUGUGCUGUCGCUGGCAAUAAUGAUGUGCUAAUGGAAAUGAUUUCUCAUAUGAAUCCCACAGAUAUACAAAAGGCAAUGAACCGGCAAUCGUCGGUUGGUUGGACGCCUUUGCUAAUAGCCUGCCAUCGUGGACAUAUGGAACUGGUCAACAAUCUUUUAGCGAAUCAUGCCAGAGUAGAUGUCUUUGAUAUCGAGGGUCGCUCCGCCCUGCAUUUGGCCGCCGAACGAGGGUAUCUGCACGUCUGCGAUGCGUUGUUGACCAAUAAAGCUUUUAUCAACUCAAAAUCGCGCGUCGGUCGCACGGCGUUGCAUCUGGCUGCGAUGAAUGGCUUCACACACCUCGUGAAGUUCCUCAUUAAGGAUCACAACGCUGUUAUUGACAUCCUGACGUUACGCAAGCAAACGCCACUCCACUUGGCUGCAGCUAGCGGGCAGAUGGAGGUAUGUCAGCUCCUGCUUGAACUUGGAGCUAACAUAGACGCGACCGACGAUCUAGGCCAGAAACCCAUACAUGUUGCCGCGCAGAACAACUACUCGGAAGUGGCCAAAUUAUUUCUGCAGCAACAUCCAUCGCUGGUGAAUGCCACAAGCAAGGACGGCAACACCUGCGCUCACAUCGCUGCAAUGCAGGGCUCCGUUAAAGUAAUCGAGGAGCUGAUGAAAUUUGAUCGUUCUGGCGUGAUAUCUGCUAGAAACAAAUUGACUGAUGCAACACCACUACAACUGGCAGCAGAAGGUGGACAUGCGGAUGUAGUAAAAGCACUUGUACGGGCAGGUGCAUCAUGUACCGAGGAGAAUAAAGCAGGUUUUACAGCGGUGCAUUUGGCGGCACAAAAUGGUCAUGGUCAGGUAUUGGACGUGCUGAAAAGUACAAAUUCUUUGAGGAUAACCAGCAAGAAAUUGGGACUGACACCGUUGCAUGUGGCAGCCUACUACGGGCAAGCGGACACAGUGCGUGAGUUGUUGACUAGCGUGCCAGCAACGGUUAAGUCAGAACCGCCAACUGGACAAAGUUUGUUCGGUGACUUGGGAACAGAAUCUGGUAUGACUCCACUUCAUUUAGCUGCAUUUUCUGGUAAUGAAAAUGUGGUGCGACUGCUGCUAAAUUCGGCUGGUGUACAAGUUGAUGCUGCCUCCACAGAAAAUGGCUACAAUCCGCUUCAUUUGGCCUGCUUCGGUGGUCACAUGUCAGUGGUUGGUUUGCUUCUGAGUCGUUCAGCUGAACUCCUCCAGUCAACAGACAGGCAUGGCAGAACCGGUUUACAUAUCGCUGCCAUGCAUGGUCAUUAUCAAAUGGUUGAGAUUCUGCUGGGUCAGGGAGCGGAAAUUAAUGCAACUGAUAAAAACGGUUGGACGCCACUGCAUUGUGCUGCCAAAGCCGGUCACUUAGAAGUGGUGAAGUUGUUAUGUGAGUCAGGUGCAUCACCAAAAUCUGAAACGAAUUAUGGUUGUGCGGCAAUUUGGUUUGCCGCUUCGGAAGGCCACAAUGAUGUUCUGCGGUAUUUGUUAAAUAAGGAACACGAUACAUACGCCUUGAUGGAGGAUAAACGUUUUGUUUAUAAUCUGAUGGUUGUGUCCAAGAACAAUAAUAAUAAGCCCAUACAGGAGUUUGUAUUAGUAUCUCCGGCACCAGUAGAUACUGCAGCCAAGCUUUCGAAUAUAUAUAUAAAUCUAUCAACAAAGGAAAAAGAGCGCGCCAAGGACUUAGUAGCUGCCGGAAAACAAUGUGAAGCUAUGGCUACUGAAUUAUUGGCACUAGCAGCUGGCCCAGAUUCUGCUGGGAGAAUAUUACAGGCCACCGAUAAACGUAAUGUUGAGUUUUUAGAUGUACUAAUAGAAAAUGAGCAGAAAGAAGUCAUAGCUCAUACUGUGGUGCAGCGCUACUUACAGGAACUGUGGCGAGGUUCGCUUACUUGGGCAUCUUGGAAAAUUCUUUUGCUGUUGGUAGCAUUUAUUGUAUGCCCGCCUGUAUGGAUCGGAUUUACUUUUCCAAUGGGACAUAAAUUUAACAAAGUGCCUAUAAUAAAAUUCAUGUCAUACUUAACAUCGCAUAUUUAUCUUAUGAUACAUUUAAGUAUUGUGGGCAUCACACCCAUUUAUCCAGUGCUACGCCUUAGUCUAGUGCCAUAUUGGUACGAAAUUGGGCUAUUAAUAUGGUUGAGCGGCCUACUAUUAUUUGAGCUUACAAAUCCAUCAGACAAAUCGGGUUUGGGUUCAAUUAAGUUAUUAGUACUGCUGCUAGGCAUGGCUGGAGUCGGCGUGCAUAUGGCUGCAUUUGUGUUUGUCUCUAAGGAGUAUUGGCCAACGUUAGUCUAUUGCCGCAAUCAAUGCUUUGCCCUAGCGUUUCUAUUAGCGUGCGUACAGAUACUUGACUUCCUCUCCUUUCAUCAUCUGUUUGGACCUUGGGCCAUCAUUAUCGGUGAUUUGCUUAAGGACUUAGCACGGUUCUUAGCCGUGUUGGCAAUUUUCGUUUUCGGUUUCUCAAUGCACAUAGUCGCAUUGAAUCAGUCGUUUACGAACCUGACACCUGAGGAAAUUCGUACCUUCGAGAAGCGAAAUCGUAAUCGAGGCUACUUCAGUGACGAUGACAUGCCAACACCACGUCCUCCGCUAUCUGAAAACUAUGUUGACAGUCGCAGUUUAUACAGCGAGUUUCGGCGCAAACAUAAGGGCGAUCUGCGCAUGCAUCCAAUUAAUUCGUUUGAAUUAUUAUUCUUUGCUGUGUUCGGUCAGACGACAACCGAACAAACGCAAGUGGACAAAAACGACGGCAACAGUCCAACGCAACCGUACUGGGUUGAGUACCUGUUCAAAAUAGUCUUUGGCAUUUAUAUGUUGGUGUCUGUGGUUGUGCUCAUCAAUUUGCUGAUUGCUAUGAUGUCCGACACGUAUCAAAGGAUUCAGGCUCAAUCAGACAUCGAAUGGAAAUUUGGUUUAUCAAAGCUUAUACGCAAUAUGCAUCGCACCACCACCGCGCCAUCGCCGCUUAAUUUAGUUACCACAUGGUUUAUGUGGAUCGUCGAGAAGGUCAAGGCACGCAUGAAGAAAAAGAAGCGUCCAAGUCUGGUACAGAUGAUGGGAAUACGCCAAGCCAGUCCGCGCACAAAGGCUGGAGCCAAAUGGCUUUCAAAAAUCAAGAAAGACUCUGUGGCGCUCUCUGCAGUGCAUUUAUCUCCACUUGGCUCACAGACGAGCUUCUCAGCUGCCAAUCAGAAUCGCAUUGAGAACGUUGCGGAUUGGGAGGCAAUUGCUAAAAAGUAUCGUGCUUUAGUGGGCGAUGAGGAGGGAGGUUCACUCAAGGACUCAGAUGCAGAAAGCGGCUCUGCGGAUGGGAGCGGUGGCGGCGCUCUUCCGCCGCCCGCACAGGUGGGAAAUAAUGUAGCAGCUUUACCACAUCUCAUCUAAACAAGUCAUAGAACAAGUCAUUCGCUAACUUAAAGAUACUAGAAAAUCUAAAAAAAAUAUACUUUAUAA